AUGUCAAGCCUCACCGCCAGCCUGCGGGACCUGCAGGCCAAGGCCGCCGGCCUGGCUCAGGGCGUGUCACAGGGCGUGUCCGAUGCGGCGACGCAGGGUCUGGCUGCUGCCCAGGACAGCGCCAACGAGGUUACUGCCAAGGUGACUGAGGCUGUGCAGGGCGCAGUGGAUGGCGUCUCAGACAGCCUGGGUGCCGCCCUGGACAGCGCUGGUGAGGGGGAGGCUGAGGGCGCCGCCGAGGACGCCCAGGACGCCGCCACAGACGCCCUGGACGCGGCACAGGAGGCCGGCGAAGAGGGCAUCAGCGCCCUGCAGGCCGCAGCCGAGGACGCCGCCGCCGAGGCUGAGGCUGAGGCCGAGCCUGAGGCUGAGGCCGAGCCUGAGGCUGAGGCCGAGGCUGAGGCGGAGGGGGGCGAGGCUGAGGCCGAGGCUGAGGGGGGCGAGGCUGAGGCCGAGGCUGAGGGCGAGGCCGAGGGCGCGGUCGACGACCUGGCGGACCGCCUUCAGGCAGGCCUGGACUCGCUGCAGGAGACCGCCGGCGACGCCGCCGCUGAGGCCCAGGAGCUGGCCGAGGGCGCGUACGACACGGCGGCGGGCGCCGCCGAGGACGCCCAGGACGCCGCCACAGACGGCCUGGACGCGGCGCAGGAGGCCGGCGCAGAGGGCCUCAGCUCCCUGCAGGCCGCUGCCGAGGACGCCGCGGCUGAGGCCCUCGCCGCGGCCCGCAAGGCAUUCGGCGGCACCGACGACGCUGAGGCAGCCGAGUGA